CCAAAAGCUUGUUCAUUGUUUUUUGUUCUCAUAUCAGCUGAUUAAUUGAACUACUAGAUUAGAAAGAGAAAUUCAAUGGGGGGCAGCCUUGUUUUCCAUUUUCCGAAUGAUCUGUGAAUCUGUUCAGCUUCUAUAAAGAGUAAUCUAGAUGGCGAUACUGUACGCUCUGGUUGCCCGUGGAUCGGUGGUGCUGGCGGAGUUCACGGCGGCGUCUACGAACGCAAGCGCCAUUGCCAAGCAAAUUCUAGAGAAAACAACGGGAGACAACGACAUUAACGUUUCGUAUUCGCAAGAUCGAUACAUCUUCCACGUCAAACGCACCGAUGGACUCACUGUUCUUUGCAUGGCAGACGAAAGUGCCGGAAGGCGAAUUCCUUUUGCAUUUCUCGAAGAUAUGCACCAGAGAUUUGUAAGGACAUACGGCCGAGCGGUACUUUCAGCCCUCCCCUAUGCCAUGAACGAUGAAUUUUCAAGGGUUUUGAGCCAGCAAAUGGAAUAUUACUCCAAUGAUCCUAACGCUGAUAGGAUAAAUCGCAUAAGAGGUGAAAUGAAUCAGGUGCGAAACGUUAUGAUAGAGAACAUUGACAAAGUUUUAGAGAGAGGUGAUCGCCUAGAAUUGCUGGUUGACAAAACUGCUAAUAUGCAAGGAAAUACCUUUAGAUUCAGAAAGCAAUCUCGCCGUUAUAAAAACACAGUGUGGUGGAGAAAUGUCCGGUUUACGGUUGCUCUGAUAAUCUUCCUGCUGAUUAUUGGUUAUAUUGUGCUAGCUUUUGUUUGCCACGGGUUCACGCUACCUUCCUGUAUCUAAAUGGGGUCAACAGUUUGAGAGUUUCCAACUCAUUCUGCAGCACCAUGCCCCUUCUUCCUCCGUUUUGGUAUACUUCGUUUUAUUUUUCUUAUUGUCUGCUUGGGGAUGCUUCUGUUUCAAUCUCCUCCGCAAUGACUCGCAUUUACUUUCUUUGUUUAUCUGAUAUUCCUAUGUGAAGAGCUACCACUUUC